CCCGGCCCGCGGUGGCGGCGGCGGCGGCGGUGGCGGCGGCGGCGAAGGGGCUUUUUACCCGCAGUUACCCAGCUGCGGCUGCCGCGGCGGGAUGGUGUAGCCGGGUCUCCGGCCAGGCGGCAGGGCUCGGGCCGGGGCAAGGCGGCCUGGAGGGCCGACGCCGCCUGACGGGCUCGGGUACAGGGGCAGCACGCUGAGGGGGCGUCGCCGCAGCCGGACCCCGGCGCCGCCGCGGGAGGCCGCGCCCGCCAUGGCGGCCCGGGCGGUACUGGACGAGUUCACGGCGCCCGCCGAGAAGGCGGCGCUGCUGGAACGGAGCCGCGGCCGCAUCGAGGGCCUGUUCGGUGUGAGCCUGGCCGUGCUCGGCGCGCUCGGGGCUGAGGAACCGCUCCCUGCGCGCAUCUGGCUGCAGCUCCGCGGGGCGCAGGAGGCGGUGCACAGUGCCAAGGAAUAUAUUAAAGGAAUCUGUGAACCCGAACUAGAAGAAAGAGAAUGUUACCCCAAGGCCAUGCACUGCAUUUUUGUUGGGGCACAGAGCCUGUUUCUGAAGAGCUUGAUUCAGGACACCUGUGCUGAUCUCUGCAUUCUCGACAUUGGUCUUCUUGGCAUCAGAGGAAGUGCCGAAGCUGUGGUCAUGGCUAGGAGUCACAUUCAGCAGUUUGUAAAGCUCUUUGAGAAUAAUGAGAACCUACCCAACAGCCAAAAAGAAUCAGAGGUAAAAAGGGAAUUUAAACAAUUUGUUGAAGCUCGUGCAGACAGUUACACAAUGGACUUGUUGAUUUUACCCACUUCCUUGAAAAAAGAACUUUUGGCACUCACCCAAGGUGAGGAGAAUCUAUUUGAAACAGGAGAUGAUGAUGUAAUUGAAAUUAGAGAUUCUAAACAAACAGAGUUUACACAGAAUGCUGCCACAGGGCUGAAUAUUUCCAGAGAUGAAAUUGUUUUGCAGGAAGAGGCAAGAAAUAAAGCUGGGACUCCUGUUUCUGAGCUUACAAAACAAAUGGACACAGUCUUUUCUAGUUCACAAGAUGUACUUUUUGUUCCAAUAAAUGGUGUAACGCCAGAUGAAGAGGCGCUUUCCAAAGACAGAGUUUGUCACAAGAGGAGGUUUUCUGAUUCUGAAGAAAGGCGUACCAAGAAACAGUUUUCUUUGGAAAACGUUCAAGAGGGAGAGCUUUUACAUGAUGGUAAGACAUUAGCUGGAAGUGUAAUCAUUGACCUAUCUGAUUCUUCUACUGAUGCCGAAAAUUUAAGUCCAGAUGUAAAAGACACUACUGAGGAAAUGGAAUACAACAUCCUUGUAAACUUUUUUAAAACCAUGGGCUAUUCCCAAGAAAUUGUAGAAAAGGUCAUUAGGGAGUAUGGGCCAUCUACUGAACCAUUAUUACUCUUGGAGGAAAUUGAAAAGGAAAAUAAAAGAUUCCAAGAAGACAGAGACUUUCCACCUGGUACUGUGUAUCCAGAGACCAACAGAACCAAAAAUAAAGGUGUUUGUAGCAGCAUAAAUGAACUUACAGCAGAUUCCACUCCAAAGAAAACACAGACUCACACACAGCAAAAUAUGGUAGAAAAUUUUUCUCAGUUACCAUUCAAAGUAGAAUCGAAACCAUGUACCUCAAAUUGCAAAAUUAAUACUUUCAGAACAGUGCCAAUAGAACAGAAACAAGAAAUCUGGAGUUCAAAUCAGAACUACAUUUGUAAUAUAGACCUUGAAACUGAUGGCCUUUUACCCUCUCUAGCCCCUUCAAGUCCCAAAGAAAUUGUCAAUUUUGUUUCAAGAGGAGCUUCAAGUCACCAGCCCAGAAUUCCAGUUUUUCCUGAAAAUGGUGUGCAGCAGCAAGCAGAACCCUUGCUUCCAAAUAAUAUGAAGUCUGCCUGUGAAAACCGCUCGAGGUGUUGUACCUCUCCUCAGUCUAAACCAAAUUGUCCACCCCUUUCUCCACCAGUGCCGCUGCCCCAGCUGUUACCUUCAGUUACCGAUGCAAGGUUGGCAGGACCUUCUGAGCAUAUCGAUUCCUCAGUUACUGGGGUUCAAAGAUUUCGAGAUACUCUGAAAGUACCCUACAAGCUGGAAUUAAAAAAUGAACCAGGGAGAACGGAUUUGAAGCACAUUGUUAUAGAUGGGAGCAAUGUUGCAAUUACCCAUGGUCUGAAAAAGUUCUUUUCUUGUCGUGGAAUUGCAAUUGCGGUUGAAUAUUUUUGGAAGCUUGGCAACAGAAACAUCACUGUAUUUGUCCCGCAGUGGAGAACAAGGCGUGAUCCUAAUGUCACAGAACAGCACUUCUUAACCCAGCUCCAGGAGCUCGGAAUAUUAUCUUUAACUCCUGCACGGAUGGUCUUUGGAGAAAGAAUUGCUUCUCAUGAUGACAGGUUUCUGCUACACUUAGCGGACAAAACUGGUGGCAUAAUUGUAACAAAUGAUAACUUCAGAGAAUUUGUGACUGAGUCAGCCUCUUGGAGAGAAAUAAUUACAAAAAGAUUGCUCCAGUAUACCUUUGUGGGGGACAUAUUUAUGGUUCCUGAUGAUCCUCUGGGGAGAAGUGGACCUCGAUUAGAAGAAUUUCUUCGGAAGGAAGUCUUCCUUAGAGAUAUGCAGCCCCUACUCAGUGCCCUGCCAAACAUGGGCAUGUUUGACCCCAGCUUCAGAGUCCCUGGCACCCAGGCAGCCAGCACCGGCCACCAGCCUCCAGCCCGGAUUCAGGGCACCCCACCCAGCCACUGGCUUCCUCAGCAACCCCGCUUCCCUCUUUUGCCAAACCUUCCCAACAUCCAGCAGAAUCUGCCCAUGCCAGCACAGAGAUCUUCGGCGGAAACCAAUGAGCUAAGGGAAGCCCUUCUGAAGAUCUUCCCUGACUCAGAGCAAAGACUGAAAAUCGACCAGAUCUUGGCAGCUCAUCCAUACAUGAAAGACCUGAACGCGCUUUCCGCCAUGGUGUUGGACUGAAGGCCGUCGGGAACUGGGGCUCUGGGCUGAAGAUGCACUCAAGCUAGUAUCUGCACAUGGCAGCAGGAAGUGACAUAAUGUGAAGAAGCCAAUUUCCCAGUGGAAAUGCUGUUGUAGUGUAUAGAAAAAAAAAACAGAUGUUUUGUGUAUAAAAAAAUCUGGGUUUUCAAAACCAGCUUUUUUCUAUAUAUAAAUUAUGCUGCUAUUACAGAUUUAACAUUUUCUGUAAAAGGAAAGUCUACAUUUUCUGCCUGUUCAGAACUGUUUAAUAGCAGUUACUCUUGAGUGUACUUAACAUUUUUAUGUUUUUUAAACUAUUUUCCUUAACGCUGAAAAUAUUGACAAAUGGAUAUGAUUAGCCUUUCUAAAUAAAAAAAAGAGUUGCUUUCUUAGGGAAAGCAAGACCUCUUAUAUUUUCUUGA